AUGCUCCCAACAAUUACUCAAGACUCACCGCUUGCGGCUGCGGUCGCCAACGUUGUUCGCCCAAAACUGGUGGAAAUGGGCUGGAGCACGGACGACGGCCAGGAGUCUGCUCUCAUUGAAUACAUUGUCCUGAUGCUUGUUAACGGCAAGACUCAAGAACAACUAGCAACUGAGCUGUCUAACGAUUUCCUGGGUCUGGAGGAAGGUGAUACACAAGCACUUGAGUUUUCCAGGUGGCUUUUUGGACAAGUUGAGAUCCUCGACCACCAAAUGAAUGGAGGUGCAGCGGCAGCGAACGACUCUUCCACCCAGCAAGUGCCGUCUGCUAUCGGCCAGGAUUUCGCUCAGCAAGGGAACGGACUUGAUGCAGAGAUGGGCGAUGCGGUUGAUUCUAUCCCCACUGGACCCAAGGCGAUGCGCAACGGCCGACAGGGUGGCCGAGGACGAAUGCUGAACCAUAUCAACCGCAACAUGGACCGCGCAGGCGAUGGAGCACUUCAUCGUGUCCGCGGACAACAAGGAAAUGCGCGCAUCGGAGGCCAGGGCCAAACCCAAAUGAAGGGUGGCCGAGGUCGUGGAGGUCGACACAUGGGUGGAACGGGAAUGUACGGCAACAUGAAUGCGGGCAUGCAGAUGAGCCCCGAGAAUCAAAUGCAGAUUAUGUCCAUGCUGGAAGAGCAGGCACGGAUGAUGUCUCAACUCAUGCCUGGCUUCGUUCCUCCAGCCGUCAACCCGGCCUUCCAGAAUGGUGGCCAGCAGGGCCGUUCACUUUUCGACCGUGUCGAGCACCAGGGCCGACGUGGUGGACGUUUCCAGGGGCGCGGAGGAUCCCAACAGCGAAAUAAGGGUGGGGACGCCGCUGAUGUCGACAUGGACACCGGAAUGGACGGCGAGCAGGAUGAAAGCAAUACCGACAGCAUUUGCCGCUUCAACCUCCGCUGCACUCGCAAAGACUGCCCAUUUGCCCACCAGUCUCCCGUGGCCCCUGAAGGUACAUCUAUCGAUGUAGCAGAUGUCUGUUCAUUCGGUGCCGCUUGCAAGAAUCGGAAGUGCACUGGUCGCCACCCGUCUCCAGCCGUCAAGUCUGCCCACCAAGCCGAAGAGAUGUGCAGGUUCUUCCCGAACUGCACUAAUCUACACUGUCACUUCAAGCAUCCCAGUAUGCCACUCUGCCGUAAUGGCGCCGACUGCACGACUGAGGGUUGCAAAUUUACCCAUGUUCAAAUCGCCUGCAAAUUCAACCCCUGCAUGAACCCCAGCUGCACAUACAAGCACGCUGAAGGUCAGCGCGGAUCUUUCGGCGAUAAGGUCUGGACCUCCAAACAAACAAGCGAGCGCAAGUUCGUUGAGGAUGCAGACGCGACGGAGGAACUCAUCAAGCCUGAGACGGCGGACGGUUCGCAAAGCCAGGAGCUUACCGCGUGA